UCUGCAUGUGGGCUCAAGGCUGCAAAGCUGCCGUGUUUGGACAGAGCAAGGGGCUGUCCCGGGGCGCGCGGGGCUCGGCCGUGGGGCUCGUGGGGCGAGCGGGGAACGGACACGCGGACAAACGGCCCCGGGGCUUCAGUUGCAGCGGCGGCAGCGGCGGCAGUAGCAGCAGCGGAGGCAGCGGCAGCGAAAGCAGAGACUCGAUAACGCUCUUUCUCUAUUAUUUUUUCUCUCUUUCUCUUUCUGUCCCUUUCCCGCUGUCGGGCACCCUUCUCUCGGUGUCCGUCUCGCGGCGUCCCUCUCCUCUCCCCGCCUCCCUCUCCCCCUGCCGACCCGGGCCAUGCCCCCGGCCCGCCCCCGGCCCCGGGCGUCCCGCCGCGGUCUCGCCUCCGUGCGGCUCUGGCCGUGCUGGCGGUGGCGCUGCUGGGCGGGCAUCAGUGCCUGGGGCUGGGGCGGCAUUGCCGCCCUUUGGCUCCGCCUGGCCCGAGCCCGGCCCCGGCCCCGACGCAGGGUCCAGACCCGACCCCGACCCCGACCCUGGCCCCGGCUCCUCCCGGGGCCCGCGGAGGACACAGGCGGCGCGGCCGCUGCCGCCGCCUCCGCUGCGGCUUCCCCGGCCCGAGCUCCGCCGCUCGGCAGCGCGGCCGCCGGCCCCGAGCCGCCGCUGUCCCGUGUCAGGGAGCGAAGGGCUGGCGAUGGCCGGCGCGGGGCGCUUGAGGGGCGCUCGGGGGCCGGUGCUGGCCCCGGGCCGAGCGCUGACAGCCGCGUCCCGCCCGCAGGGAAGGCGCAGCGGGGCCUGAAGGAGCAGUACCGGCUGGGCUCGCUGCUGGGGCGCGGCGGCUUCGGCAGCGUCUUCGCGGCCACGCGGCUCUCGGACGGCGCCCCGGUGGCCAUCAAAAGGGUGCCUCGGAACCACGUGCAGCACUGGGGCGAGCUGCCCGACGGCACCAGCGCACCGCUGGAGAUCGUGCUGCUGGCCAAGGUGUCCACUGGCUUCCCUGGUAUCAUCCAGCUGCUGGAGUGGUGUGAGUUCCCCAACGACAUCGUCAUGGUGCUGGAGCGCCCGGAGCGGUGUCAGGACCUGCAGCAUUUCAUUCGGGCACAGGGCUUCCUGUGCGAGGAGGUGGCGCGGGAGCUGUUCCGCCAGGUGCUGGAGGCCGUGCGGCACUGCACCAGCUGUGGGGUCCUGCACCGCGACAUCAAACCAGCCAACAUCCUGGUUGACCUGGCCACCGGGCAGGCCAAACUGAUUGACUUUGGCUGUGGCACCUACCUGCAAGACACAGCCUACAUUCACUUUGCAGUAACACGCUCCUACAGCCCCCCGGAAUGGACCCACUUUGGCUGGUACUAUGGCAAGCCAGCUACCAUCUGGAGCCUGGGCAUCGUGCUGCACCAGAUGGUCUGCGGGGAGCACCCUUUCAUGUGGGGCCAGAAGAUCAGCUGGGACCAGCAGCUCUGGCUGCCACAACGGCUCUCUCCAGAGUGCCAAGAUCUGAUCAGGCGGUGUUUAUCCAUGCUGGACGUGGAAAGGCCCUCAUUAGAAGAGCUGUUGUGUCAUCCUUGGAUGCAGGAUAUUCAUCUGCCCUAGAAGAAGGGAGAGAGCCACAGGCGCCCUUUGAUGCAGGGCCCUGGCAAGGAGAAGGAGCCCCUGGAGAAGCUCUACCAGGUGGGGCUGCGGCUGCUGCUGGAGCCAGCGAGGAGCACAUCAAGGAUGACAACCUCUUCCUGCACCUGGCUUCUGGCCAGCUGAAGAUGAUGGACUU